UUCGCAAUUUCAUUUUUCAUGUUGAAAGGUUUAACUAAUAACCUAAUAAUAUUCUAAUUAUUGUUAAUAAACUGUUGAAAUGUGAGUAAAAUAUAUACAAAAUACAUCAACUUGAGAAGAGAAAAUAUUAAAGGAAAAAAGAGAUUUCGAAAAAUUAGUUGACUUACCGUUUAAUCCAUAAAAGAUGCCUAUUUAUUCGAAGAGUGCCAGAUGCUUUCCGAAUGAAUGCUACAUUUGCAAAUCGAGAAAAACUUUAAUAAGAUGCGGAUGCAACAUGAUUUCCUACUGUUCAAAGGAUCAUCGACAACAACACCAAUCAACACACAAAGAUUUUUGCACAGCAGUAAAAGAAUUGUUGAAAAGAAGAAAAAUCACUCACAUUUAUGAACAGCUUUCUUAUAUAAGCAUUCUCGAGUGGGAUACAACAAGAGAAGAAAUCCGGAAUGAAAUCAUAAAGAAACUGGGAAGAACUUUAAGUCCACUGGAGAAUUUUAUGUUUUAUUCUCCACGAAUUUGUUAUUAUUUCGAUUGUUGCGAAACAAAACAAGAGGAUUUAAUUAAUUGCCCGUAUUGUCCAGUAGCGAGCUUUUGCAAAAGACACAAAAAUGAUAAAACUCAUAAAGAAUAUUGUAAAACAAUGAGCACAUAUUUGAAAGUAUUAACGACGGCCGAGGAAUUAAAUAUUGAUUUAGAUUUUCUAUCGUCUGCUUUUCCAUUUAUUGAAGAGAAAUAUCAGUCCGUAAAUAUUGAUGAUCUUACAUUGACGUAUGUAACAACUAAAACAAACACAUUCGGAGUGCUCUCGAAAUUACAUUAAGUUUUUCUCAUUAAUUUUAUUGACUUUGCUUCAAAAAUUAAUAACGUUUUACAAAAAAUAAACGACACAAUUCCAGAGGAAUUGACAAUUCACAUUGAUGACCUUUCCUAUUAUUAUUCAGUAGCAAAAGUUAAUUUUUGGGAAUUUCUCUUGCAUCUGAAUCCACGGAUAAAGAAAUUAAAAAUUGUCAUGACUACAAUUCCAGAUCCAUCUGGAUUAAAGACGUCUCUUUGUAAAAAUUGUCAUUCAGAGGGAAGGAAUUUUAUUCUUGAAGUUUCAAAAAAAUCUUACGAAAAUUACAUGCUGGAUGAAAAUUAUCAAGAACCGGACAUACUGAUUUAUGUUGAGAUCAAUAUUCAAAGACUGUCUCAAGGAUUAAAUAAGUGGAGUGAAUUAAAUUGUCCCAUUAUUCUGCAAUUCGAUUCACACUCCGAUUUUUGUAAAGCACAACAUUUUCUCUCGUCGUCUAGAGCAAAGUUUCGAUUUAUUCACGAAGGACAACUGAAGACACCAUUCAGUACAUUAUCCUCAAUUGAUAAUGAAGAUUAUUUUAUAAUUCUACAAUCAAAGGUAGACAAAAUACUUCAAAAAUCUGUUUGUUCGACAACUGGCGAAAUCAACAAGAAAACAAAUACACCUGCUUCAUCGUCAUCGAAACGUUCAUUUGUGGCUAUUUCUGAACCUGCAGACGAGGAGGAAGGAAAGAAGAAUAAAAAAUCAAAAACUGAAAAUUGUUCAAAGUCCAUCGAUGCGGAAAAUUUUGAUCCAAAUGUCGAAGAAGGAAAAAUUGCCAAAAAGAACGAUAAAGUUAAUUCUCAAUCAUAUCUAAUCGAACACAUUUCGUACCUUAAAAACGAAAACGAAGGCUUACGACAACAAUUAAAUUCAUCAGUUAAUGAGGUAACUAAACUGCAAACAAAACUCAAUCAAGUUACUUCCGAUUUAGAAAAAAUUUUACGUGGUAUUGUCGAUUCUGAAGAGGCACUACAAUGAAAGACACAUACGAAUUAGUCGUGUGUGAAAAGAAGAAAAAUUUGAAAUGUCGCAAAAAUUCCCCCAUGGUUAUAUCUUUAAAAAAGAUUCUUCUAAUUUAUAUUCUUUUUUGAAUUUAAAAUUCAAAUAUUCUUUUUCUUUUAUUCUCUUUAAGAUUUUUAAGGAUUUAAAAUUUGAAAGAAGGUUGAAAUGAAAUGUAAAUAUCUGUCAAGGAUAUAAUAUUAUUAUUAUUAUUUCGAUAUAAAAGAAUACUUGUCUAAAUUCCAUUUAAUGUUUUAUUUUUUAUAUUUAAAAAGGAAUUUGUAAUUCUAUAAAAAUAUUUUUAUGUUAUUAAAUUAUUUUUAAUAAAUCUUUUUCGAAGACAAUUUUUAGAAUUUACUGUGGGUGUUUAACUAUUAUUUUAAGAAUAAUAAUUAUUAAUAAACUAUUUAAAAUUGUGUAAGGGGAAUUUCUGGUGCAGAAUUGGUAUAAAACACUACACUUUUUUAAACCCCUAUUUGUAAGAACUGUAUUAUAGUUAUUGCAAGAAUUUUUGGAGCACGUCAUGUUUUCGAAUAAUAUUCUAAUCUAAAAGUGCAAAAAUUGUGUAUUUUGGCCAUAUUUGAGGUUAUAUGUAACAUUUAAUUUUUUAAAAAGGUUGGUUCGACAUCUGAAAGUACUAUUCCUCUCCUUGAAAAUGCAUUUUGAAAUGUUAAAAAAUCUUUUGAAAUUUUUUGGAAUUUGGUAAAUUUUAUC